UACUUGAGAUCUGUAAUGAAGUCAUCUUGCUUGGUUUGUAACAACCAACCUAUUUACAGAAAACCACAUGCUUUCUGCUCAGGCUCAGCGAAUCAAGUCCAGCGGAACAACAGGAAAACAUCUGGCUCCGCAGCCUCAGAUGGUCGCCAAGCACUGAGGCGGAUACCGAGUCCACUUGGAGACAUGAGUUUCUACAGCGAUGCGUCCGCCGAAGACCUGGGCGACGAACUGGAGACACUAGGGUGGUACCACUAUGACCUGUCCCGCCAUGCUGCAGAGGCCCUUCUCUUGUCCAAUGGGACUGACGGAAGUUAUCUCCUGAGAAACAGUAACGAGGGACCAGGCUACUUUGCCCUGUCCGUCAGGGCGAAGGAUUCAGUCAAGCAUUUUCAAGUGACACGCAAAGACAGCAGCUACGCGUUUGGGUUUAACGAGUUUCCCACCCUUCAGGACUUUGUCUACCACUUUGCUAACCAGCCUCUGCUGGGCAGCGACACAGGAACCCUAAUUGUGCUGAAGUGUCCGUACCCAUGGCGUGUGGAGGAGCCGUCCAUCUACGAGUCCGUGCGAGUUCACACGGCCAUACAGACGGGCCGCACGGAAAAUGAUCUUGUGCCGAUCGCACCAUCGCUGGGCACAAAGGAGGGCUACCUGGUGAAACAAGGAGCGUUUGUGAAGAACUGGAAACAGAGGUGGUUCACGCUCAACAGAUACGAGCUCAAGUACUUCAAAGACAAAAUGUUUGAGGAGCCCAUUCGAACCCUGGAUCUGAGAGCCUGCUCUGCAGUCCAGUUUGACUACUCUCAGGACAAAGUCAACUGCUUCUGCCUGGUGUUUCCUGAGAGGACGUUUUAUCUCUGUGCAAAGACGGGUGUGGAAGCAGAUGAGUGGAUCAAGAUUCUGAGGUGGAAGCUGUCACAGAUCAGAAAAGGUCGAUGACCUCUGUGAGCGGAGACGCAGGAGACGGAUGGAUAGAAGCCCCACCUUCAUGAAGGAUGUCACAUCAACUGGACGAACGAUGGCGAGCACUGUCCGAGGCUGAAGAGUAAACUUGACCUUGAAUAACACUGGGAAACCUUUCCCCUGAGCGAACUGACUGGAGGCUGACUCCGGUUUUUGCUUGAAGACAUAUUUAUUUAGCAGAGAGAUGCUUCAUUUCUCAUGAGCCUCCAGUUCAGCAGUCUUACUCGGCUGCUCUUCUGUCCCAGAGGAUGCUUAUUCUAAGAAUGUUUAACAUGAGCGUUUGCUUUAACAGUUAUUUAAAAGUCAGGAUUAUUGUGUAGGAUUAUUGUAUGAUACUAAAUCUAACAACGUGAUUGUCGGUCUCAUGAUACUUGCUGACUUCCUUACCCUAUCUGUGGCACUCCAAGGCCCCCCAAGCCCACAGCCUUCGACUGAAGAGCAAAAUCUUAAAACUGGCUCACUUAUCUGUAAUUUAAUUUUUAUUUUUAAAGGUUCAGUCAUUUCCUGUAACAGCUUACUCCUGUAGAUAUUAGCAAAUCUCACUCAAACAAGAGGAAAUGGAGCGUUUGUUGGGGACUUUUUUUCAGUUGCAGAUAAUGUUUGGUACUCUUCGGUGUGUAUUUCUGUCAGUGUGUACAGGAUGUGUGAUUGGGUCAAAUUAAACUACAGUGUGCAUUUAUAAUAAUGAGGGAACAUGUCGACCAGUGGAACCGCUUCACUCUGUGAAGCGUUUUUAAAUAGUUUUUGCAUAGCAGUUGAGCUCAGUGACAAAGAGGAGGAAAAUACACACACGUUAGUGGCAUCGGUUCAUUGCUGGUUUAGGUCUGUGUGUGGGGUUUGUUGACAAAAAGAAAAACAUUUCUAGUUUUAUCCUUUAAUAACUGCAAAACUGAUUUGCCCCCCAAAAAAUUUACAGCCACGCAUUUUACAUGCAUGCUGCUCAUCUAUUACCCUCUUCAAUUUGUCAGACGUCACCCCAGAAAUAUUUAG